AUGGGGAGCUACGCCGACGACUCGAAAUGGGCGGACAUUGUUCCGAUCCCCCAGGACGAUGGCGGCCCAAAUGCGCUGGCGACUAUAGCAUACCCAGAUGCCUAUAGUGAAGCUACAUCAUAUUUGCGGGCAAUCAUGGCCAAGAACGAGUUCAGCGAUCGGGUGCUUGAACUCACUGCGGAUAUCAUUGACAUGAACCCUGCGCAUUACACGGUAUGGUUGUAUCGUGCAAAGACUCUACUGCAACUGAAUAAGGAUCUGAGAGAGGAGCUCGACUGGGUGAAUCCUAUUGCGCUGGCACAUCAGAAGAAUUAUCAAAUAUGGCACCACCGGCAGCUUCUGACAGACAAACGAAAUGCAUACGACGGGGAACGUGAAUUUAUCGGAGAAAUGCUGGACGAAGACUCAAAAAACUACCACGUAUGGUCAUACCGGCAAUGGCUAGUUCGACGAUUUGAUCUCUGGGACGACAAGGAGAUUCCAUUUGUAGAAGAGAUGCUCAAGCGGGACAUUCGGAACAAUUCCGCCUGGAAUCAUCGCUGGUUCACAGUGUUUGGACGAUAUAGACCCUUAACCGACAUAAAGCAUACGGAACAGUCAAAACAAGCCGCAUCUUUUGCUCCUUUAUCCCAGACUGGCAGAACAAUAGAGUCAUAUCCGGAUAGUCUUAUUGACCGCGAGGUUGCCUUUGCACAAGAAGCUAUCAAGCUCGCGCCGCAAAAUCAGAGUCCCUGGAACUAUCUCUCUGGGGUAUUGCGGGAGGCCGGACGGCCACUGGCUACUGUGAAGCCAUUUGUGGAGCAGUUUGCGAACCUGGACGAACCGGAAAAGGUCCGGUCGAGUCACGCCCUGGAUUUCCUGGCCUCGAUAUAUGCUGGUGAACAACCAACUUCUGGCCCUAGCAGUGCAGAUGAAAGCCAAAAAGAUGUGAAGAAGGCGUGUCAAGCACUCGAUCUUCUUGCUGAAAAAUAUGACCCCAUUCGACGAUUCUACUGGGGCUGGAGGAAAGAUAUAAUUACAAAGGAGGCUAGAGCGACUGGUACUGCAUGA